GUUAUGUACUUCAGGUCAAUUGAUUAAUAUUAACAUUUACGAAGUACCUCAAUUAUAAAGAAUAGUUCAAAAAGUGUGUUAUGACUGACAAAGCUUCCUCAAUAUCCAUGGGUCCAGAAUACCUUUCCUUAGAAGUAAUUCAAGCUAUACAACACAAUGAUGUACCUCGCCUCAAAUUACUACAAAAAUGUGGAACAAAUUUCAAUACGUGUGAUCAAGCUGGUAACACAGUUUUUCAUUUGGCCAUUCAAAAUCAUGCCAAGGAAGCAACAUUGGACACUUUUGAAUACUUGCUCACUUUGGAUGAUAUUACUAAAGAUGAGUUCAAUUCUUUUGCAAGAACUCCAUUAAUGGAGGCUUUUGGAACUAAUGAUGGAGAAAUUUAUGCCAUUCGUUUGAUAGAAUCAGGCUGCAAUGUUGAUCAUAUUUAUCCUGAUGGUAAUAAUGUUUUGCAAUUGGCUGUGUAUAAUAAUUGGAUAGAGGUAGCUGAAUUGUUAAUUGAAAGAGGUAUUAAUAUAGAGUAUCAAAAUGAAGAUGGACUAACCGCUUUACACAUAGCUGUUAAGAAAGGUUACAUCGACAUUGUUUGGAUGCUGCUGUUUUUUGGAGCUGACCCAAAUACUACACAUAUGGAUUAUUAUGAAACUGAAAAUGGAUGUGUAUGUGUGUAUUUCACAUUUUUUGAUUUAGUUGAACAACUGCGCACCUUGCAUCGAACACUGGAAGUUUUUCCGGAUCAGUUUUAUUGUUAUAAAAAGAAUUUUAGUCUUUAUACUUUUAUUGAAGUAAUGCAAAGAGAAUCGCCAAUGUUUUAUAGAUUAUUGGAGAUUACCUGUGAUAUAAAUUUCACAUAUGGUGAAUUGAAAGAAUUAGCUUUAUCAUUUAGUGAAUUAAAUCCGAAAAUGUUGAUGAUAUUUACCCAAGAAUUUGGUUAUAUUUUAGAAGAAAUGUUAUGUAGAUGUUGCCUAGAAGACUUAUUUUGGUGUCUAGGUCCAUACUAUUUGCAUAAUUACGCUCAGAAUUUGUUUAUGCUGUUGGAGAGCAGUGUUUCAGAUACUUUUGUCGAUAAAAUUAAUGCCAGUAAUUUAGCACUACUUACAAUAUUAAUUCAAUGUUUUGCUGAAUCCAGAGAACUAGUAGAUCUUCUCUGUCAGAUUUUAUGUUGUAUGGCGAGUUAUGGAGUAGAUAUUACUGCUGAUGCUUUAAAUGCACUUUACGUUACAUUUGGUUAUUGUGAUUUAUUCAAAAUAAUGCUUCAUAUGGACAUUAAACAGAUGGAGAGAUGUACAGGCAAGAACGUUGUGUUCCCCCGAUUACUCUAUGAUGUAAAUUUAUCUAUUGAGUCUGUUAUUUCUGGAACUUAUGAUGAACCAACUGCAUAUAAAAUUUCGCAGUAUUUUAUUUUACCAAAAUAUAGACUAGUGCAAGAAUUUCCGGUGCCAACUCUGCUUGAACUUGCAAGAAAUCGUGCCCGCGAAUACAUUAUUAAAAAAUUUAAGGUGAAAAAUAGUAGAGAUUUUUAUACAGUCUUGCGAGUACUACCACUAGCUGAAUAUCAUAAAAAAAUAAUUUCUUUUGAGGUAAAAUUGUAUUCAUUAUGAUAUAUUCCAAAAAAUAGAAUACAUCUUUGUGUAAAAUGUAGGUAUGUAUUAGUUGUUAUGUACCAUG